AUGGCCUUAUGUUCUUGUUCAGCGACAGUAGACGAAAAACUGCAAAUCGCAGGAUCGGAAUUAUUCAAUAAACUUGAGAGACGAAUAGAAAAUCUUGACAAAGAGCUGCGCAACUUUGCUAAUGCUGCUCGCCAACUUGGCAGUUCAAUCGGAAUCUUAUCCUCUAGUUUUCGACUACGAGAGCGCCUUGCGAAAUUGCUAUUUCUGUUCCGCGAGAACGCAGCUACUUUGUUUCCCCAAAAGAUCUCGCGUCAACCUCGAGAAGCGCCCAUCAUUCAUCAGUGGACAGAGCAACGGCGCACAGACAAACAAAUGUUUCCAAAAGCCCACACUGAUCCUGAAAGUUUUCCCGACCAAAUUGCUGGCUUCGCAGAAGACGUCGUAACGUUUCUGAACUGCCUGAACGAGUUCCCGGAGUUUACAGACGAGGCCGUCAAUACGUCAAUGCGUACUUUCGAAUGCGAUCUGAAGUAUUGGGCCUCGUGUCUUCAGGAGUACAAAGGUCAAUUUCGGUAUCCAGCAGUGCAGCGCUAUAUCCAUGAUUUGACAUCGGAGAUUGGGGAGCACAUCGAUAUAAUCACAGUCAAUCUGUCCAUGUUUAUUGAAAUCGGUAGACAACUAGUCUCCUUACUAAUUUUAUAUUUACUUUUUCUUCCAGGUGUUCCGACAAUUCGAUUUGCCCAGCAGCAUGCAGCAUCGAACUUGCUAAACUUAUCGACAGUCGCGACAUUCUUUUCAGUUGUGACAGCGUCGACCUUACAGUUCUCAUACCAGUUGACGGACGGCGUGCUGGAGACUUCUGUCAAUGCGUUCUGGUUCUCUUCAUUGGUUUUCAGUAUAGCAGCCGCUGUGAACAGUCUUCUUGGUCUCACCUGGAAGCAAGCAGUCUAUCGCUCUCCAGGCCAUAAGGUACCUUGGUGGGUGUUAAUAUGGAUCAAACGAUCGCCUUUGGUGUUUCUCGUGAUGUCUGUGGCAUGCUUUUCCGUGGGCUUGAUGCUAUUCACAUAUGCUACAAAACAGGGAUUCGUCACGUCCACGAUCACCACUGUUUUCACAGUAGUUACCUCGUUCGGCCUGGCUGUUGUUUCGGCUUGGUUCGUCUCGGAGCGCAGGGUCUUUGUUCGCUACCAUGGUCAAAUCUGGUUGGAUGAUGCAAUCAAUGAAGCAAUCAAUGAAGUAAUCCACCGCGUACUCCGCUUUUCUCUAGUCGUGGUGAUGCGAGAUAUCAUUCGUUGGUGCCUCUUCGCCAUUAGCGGUCUGUUAAGACGAGUGCCUCUCAAGUUCCCCGACGUGAUUACCCAGAUUGGACAUAGGGACCGUACACUGCCUACUAUGCAGGAGGGCCCGCCGAUGGAUGAUCUUUCUCACCGCCGUGACAUCUCUACAUCCGCAAGCUCGGCUUUUACUGAGCAUCCCACCUCGAUCAAAGGGCUUGCGAGUGAGGAUAGCAAGCCAUCUCACCCAGCCAUCGCCCGUCAGCGCUUCAGAGGAGCUGUGCGUUCUAUCAUCGUAAUGCAACAGCAGAAAGCAGGACGACCCAUGAUGCCGCAACGGAUCCCAUCCUUUGACUGGAACUCUGCCGUGGGGAUGUCUCCUACCCGGCCCUCGUCAGUGGAUUUGGACGCCAUUCGAGGACCGCGAGCCACUUUAAUUCCAAAACUUAAAACCCUAGAGCCUGUACAAGACCUCUCCGUGCACACCGCCCUUGUCCGGCAUUUACAAUUCUCCCCGAGUGGCAAAUAUCUAGCUACGUCAAGUUGGGAUCGAUCUUCUGUCAUCUUUCGUGUUGAGGAUGCUUUUUCAAUUCAUGCCAUUCUAGUACACGUGGGAGGCUUUAUCGGUCAGGUUGCAUGGUCCGAUUCUAGUACCCUUCUUUUGACGAGGUUACCCCGUGGAAUCAAGGUUUGGACAGAGGACGGAUUCUGUAAGAGAACAAUUGAACGUCCGCACUCAGUGUCAUCCGUUGUAUGGCUUCCUGCGAACGAGACACAAUUUCUUUCGGUCGAAGGUAGCAGAGUUCUCAAACUGGACAUUAAAGGAAGGGUUCUUGAUUCUUACCACUUCGGUGGCAUCCAGUUGCACAAUGUGGCUGUGAGUCCAGAUGGCCAGCGGUUGCUAGGUGUAGGUCCACUGCUCGCGGCACCCAACGGGAUGCAUCCAAGCCGCACCACUAGGGUUGAGAAGUGUAUAGUAGUCCUCAAUAUGGAGACUAGAACAUUCGAAAAUCAAACACCUGUCUUCAACGAUGUGCGCGACAUCACGAUGUCUAAAAGGGGUGGAAAUGUAUUGAUUUCAUUCGAGCACAAGACACAUCCGCAGUUAUGGAAAAUGGAGUUGGUUCGGGAUACUAAAGACCGUGAAAACCCCUAUGCCCAAACCGCUAGGCUUAUUCUCCGUCACACGUAUGAGCCGACGGUUCGUGUGGAUUUUGUGGGUCCGAGCUACUUCGGCGGUGUGGACGAUCAGCUAGUGCUGUGUGCCGGCAAAGCGGGCGAUAUCCAUAUUUGGGAACGAGAUACUGCAAUUUUGCUCCACUACAUUAGACCUCAGGCGUUCGGCGGAGAUUUGACAUGUGUCGCAUGGAAUCAUUCCACUGACGACCCCUGCAUGUUAGCGACAGGCAGCCAUGACGGUACAGUGCACAUAUGGAGGACUCCGAUGUGGGACUGCUCAUCUGAUGGCGGUUCGUAUCUUGAGCAUGCUGGCAUGUUAGGAGCGGACCAGCAUACAUCUUCACCCAUCCUUGGCCCACCACCCGUUCCUGGAUCCAGUCGAGGACACCGAUAAAAAGCAUUGACCCCACGCAUCAAAACCUUCAGUUAGCAUUAUACGCAAGCAAAACAUGUAUUGUGUUCACGCAUGGAUAUUCGUUCUCGCCAUAAAUAGGUAUCUAUGGUCUUCAUUGGUAUUUACAUAUACUUAGGACUGCGUUUCAAAAUAUGUCCUGGCAACAUCAGUAAACCGGUGAGUUCUUGCUGGGGAUUAUGCUGAUUAUGGUGCUUUUACAUAGUCAUAUAUUGCUUUAUAUCACUUUAU